AUGGAUUCAGAAAAAUGCACCCCUUGUCCAGAAGACCAGCAUCCAAAUAUCAGCAAAGAUCGUUGUAUUCCUAAGAUUAAAUCCUUCCUAAAUUAUAAAGACUAUUUAGGGCUCAUGCUAAUUUCCAUUGCCGUGUUCCUGUCUUUAACCACAGCCUUUGUCUUGGGAAUCUUCAUUAAAUUCCUAGACACUCCAAUCAUCAAAGCCAACAACAGAGACCUUUCCUACAUCCUCCUGGUCUCCCUCCUCCUUUCCUUCUUCACUUCCUUCCUCUUCAUUGGCCAGCCAAGGAGAGCCACCUGCCUUCUCCGACAGAUAACCUUCAGCAUCAUCUUCUCAGUCGCCAUUUCUUCCAUCUUGGCCAAAACAAUCACGGUGGUGCUGGUUUUCUUGGCCACAAAACCAGGGAAUAAAGUUCAGAAAUGGCUGGGGAAGAGCUUGGCCAACUCUAUUAUCCUUUCUUGCUCUGGUCUUCAAAUUGUCAUUUGCAGCAGCUGGCUUGGCACGUCUCCCCCAUUUCCUGACUCUGACCUACACUCUCAGCCUGGAGAGAUCAUCCUGCAGUGCAAUGAAGGAUCCGUCACCAUGUUUUACUGUGCUCUCGGCUACAUGGGGUUCCUGGCUGCCAUCUGUUUCACGGUGGCUUUCAUGGCCAGGAAUCUGCCUGGGACCUUCAACGAAGCCAAGCUGAUCACCUUCAGCAUGCUGGUCUUUUGCAGCGUCUGGAUCUCCUUUGUGCCCACCUAUCUGAGUACCAAAGGGAAGUACAUGGUGGCUGUGCAGGUCACCUCCAUCUUGGCCUCCAGUGCUGGCCUGCUGGGCUGCAUCUUUUUCCCCAAAUGCUACAUUAUUAUUUUGAGGCCAGAUCUCAAUACUAAGGAACAACUAAUCAUGAAAGCUAAAAGUGAAAAGUGAUUCCAAUGGGUGUUUCUUAUUUCACAGACAGCAAAACAACUCUUUCUCUUCCCCUGCUUCUUUCCCUUGUCCCCAUUCAAUGGUUUGGAUUUAUCAAGAAAUUUCUCAAUUAAAAGAAUGUGUUUGUUUUACUUCCCAU